GACGUUGGUGUGGACGGUGGGAGGCUGUUUAUCCCUUCAGGAGAAUGAAUCUGGGUUAGUGACGACACUUCCCCCUCUGUCUUUGGAGUUAUCCCCGAAGUUUUUCUCCCCUCUCGCCUUCAGGGUGCGAACUUUUCUCCCUCUUUUCCAGUUUAAAACCAAAAGCAUCAGUAUGUCUCCGCCGUCUCGACGGCUUCAGACGAAGCCAGUGAUUACCUGCCUGAAGACUUUCCUCAUCUCCUACAGCCUCAUAUUCUGGUUGACAGGCGUGAUCCUGCUGGCUGUCGGGGUGUGGGGAAAGGUUAGUCUGGAGGCCUAUUUCUCCCUGGCUUCUGAGGAGAGCACCAAUGCACCAUAUGUCCUCAUCGGGACCGGAGCCAUCAUCGUUAUUUUCGGCCUUUUCGGCUGUUUUGCUACAUGCCGUGGCAGCCCGUGGAUGCUCAAACUGUAUGCCAUGUUUCUGACCUUGGUGUUCCUGGCUGAGCUCGUGGCCGGUAUCUCAGGCUUUAUCUUCAGGCAUGAGAUCAAGGCCAAGUUAGGUGUCGCCUAUCAAAAGGCUGUGAAGUCCUACAAUAGCACAGACACCAGCAGCGCUGCAGUUGAUGCCAUCCAGAGGACUUUGCAUUGCUGCGGGGUGAAUAAUUACACUGACUGGAAUGACACACAUUACUUCAAAGAGAAGGGCAUCCCUGCCAGCUGCUGUAAGGCUAACACCAAAUGCUCACCGGAGACCCUGAAAGACCUCGACAAGGCUGAGAAGGAGGUGUACACAACUGGCUGUUUCUCACUGGUGACCAACGUGAUGGAGGCUAACCUGGGUAUCAUCGCAGGGAUUUCUUUUGGGAUUGCAUUCUUCCAGCUCAUUGGGAUCUUCUUGUCCUGCUGCUUGUCUCGAUACAUUACCAACAACCAGUAUGAGAUGGUCUAACAGUGACCCUUCCACAGGUGACUGAUGGGCAGCUCCCGAUGCAAAUCCAGCUGAGAGAAUCUCCUGUGAUUUUUAAUAUUUUGUGUUAGUUGAUGUUGUCAUUUUAGAGAGUGAAAAAACAGCCACUGCUUCUUCUUUUAUCCGGUCUCAGUAACGACAAACAAGCAGAAGGGAAUAAUGUUUAAAGGGACUUUACCUGCAAUGUAGUCUGACCAAAAAUUCCAAAAAAAGAAAAAGGGACCUGGACAUUUCAUGGAACAUUCGUUACUCCUGGAGUUUAUCAGUUUCCACCAAGCCUCGAUGACAUCGUAUAAAUGUAGUCACUUUCAUCUGAGUUAAUUAACUCUACCGAUUGUCAGUCGUUCCGUCUCUUGUGUCUUUGUAUAAUGCUGCUGCCGUAUUUUGUAAUUUUUGCUAAAACUAGUCUGUAGCUCAUAGAAUAAGCUGAUAAAUGCUUAACUUCUCCGCAACACUAAGUGAAUUUCUGUGUCUGAAACCCAUAUAGGCGUGGGAGAUGGACAAGAGGUCGCCACCCUGAAAUCUAGCAUGUGUUCUUUACGGUGAGGACUUCGUUCUGUAGGCCAGUAUUGUUGAAAGCCUGCAUUCAAGUGUGCCAAUAUGAGUCGGCAAGCCAACUUCAAUGUCACAGUUUUCAGUGUUAAGUUGAUAUUCUUUCGUGAAUGCAUGUGAAAUAAAGAUGAAAGUAUCUUUA